AUGGCCGCCUCAACAACGGCAGCCGUGUGGUUCUUUGUGGCGGUGGUGCUGGUGCUGCUUCAUGCGACGGCUCCCGCCAUUGCUGGCGCAGAGGACGAGGCGGCGGCACUGCUUGCCUUCAGGCGUGCGUCCGUGGCGGACGACCCGCGCGGCGCGCUCUCGGGCUGGGCGCUGGCGAACGCCACGGCGGCGGCGCCGUGCUCGUGGGCUGGCGUCUUGUGUGCGCCGGCGCCCGACGGCCGCGUCGUGGCCGUGAACCUCAGCGGCAUGGCGCUCGUCGGCGAGCUCCGUCUCGACGCGCUCCUCGCGCUCCCGGCGCUACAGCGCCUCGACCUCCGCGGCAAUGCCUUCUACGGCAACCUCUCGCACGCCACGGUGUCGCCUUCCCCGUGCGCGCUCGUGGAGGUGGACAUGUCGUCCAACGCGUUCAACGGGACGCUCCCCGCGGCGUUCCUGGCGACGUGCGCCGCGCUGCAGUCCUUGAACCUGUCGCGCAACGCCCUCGUCGGCGGCGGAUUCCCGUUCGCGCCGUCGCUGCGGUCGCUCGACCUGUCGCGCAACCACCUGGCGGACGCCGGCCUCCUCAACUACUCCUUCGCCGGCUGCCACGGCCUGCGGUACCUCAACCUCUCCGCCAACCAGUUCGCCGGGCAGCUGCCGGAGCUCGCGCCGUGCAGCGCGGUCUCCGUGCUCGACGUGUCGUGGAACCACAUGUCCGGCGCGCUGCCCGCGGGGUUCAUGGCCACGGUGCCGCCGAACCUGACGCACCUCAGCAUCGCCGGGAACAACUUCUCCGGGGAUGUCUCGGCGUACGACUUCGGCGGCUGCGCCAACCUGACGGUGCUGGACUGGUCCUUCAACGGCCUGAGCAGCAGCGAGCUGCCGCCGAGCCUCGCCAACUGCGGCCGCCUCGAGACGCUGGACAUGUCCGGGAACAAGCUUCUCAGCGGCCCGAUCCCGACGUUCCUGACUGGCUUCUCCUCGCUGAAGCGGCUUGCAUUGGCCGGCAACGAGUUUUCCGGUACCAUUCCGGAUGAGCUCAGCCAGCUGUGCGGCAGAAUUGUUGAGCUGGACCUGUCAAGCAACCGGCUGGUUGGUGUCUUGCCGGCAAGCUUUGCCAAGUGCAGGUCACUCGAGGUGCUUGACCUCGGUGGCAACCAGCUCUCGGGGAGCUUUGUGGACAGUGUCGUCAGCACCAUCUCCUCGCUCCGUGUGCUGCGGCUCUCGUUCAACAACAUCACCGGGCAGAAUCCGCUGCCGGUACUGGCGGCGGGUUGCCCAUUGCUCGAGGUGAUCGACCUCGGGUCCAAUGAGCUUGGCGGUGAGAUAAUGGAAGAUCUCUGCUCGUCACUGCCGUCGCUGCGGAAGCUGUUCCUCCCCAACAAUUACCUCAAUGGCACAGUGCCCAAGUCGCUGGGUGACUGCGCCAAUCUGGAGUCCAUUGAUCUGAGCUUCAACUUCCUUGUUGGUCAGAUUCCAAAGGAGAUAGUGGUGCUGCCAAAGCUUGUUGACCUGGUGAUGUGGGCGAAUGGCCUGUCCGGCGAGAUCCCGGACAUGCUUUGCUCCAACGGUACUACGCUGGAGACACUGGUGAUGAGCUACAACAACUUCACUGGAGGCAUUCCCCCUUCCAUCACCAGAUGUGUCAACCUCAUCUGGGUGUCGUUCUCCGGCAACCGCCUCACAGGGAGUGUGCCUCACGGCUUCGGUAAGCUCCAGAAGCUUGCUAUUCUGCAGCUCAACAAGAACCAGCUGUCUGGUCCUGUGCCGGCAGAGCUCGGCAGCUGCAACAACCUCAUCUGGCUGGACCUCAACAGCAACAGCUUCACCGGCAUAAUACCGCCGGAGUUGGCUAGCCAGACAGGGCUUAUUCCGGGGGGCAUUGUGUCAGGGAAGCAGUUUGCAUUUCUGCGGAACGAGGCCGGCAACAUCUGUCCCGGUGCUGGUGUGCUCUUCGAGUUCUUUGGCAUCCGGCCUGAGAGGCUGGCUGCGUUCCCAACCGUGCACCUUUGCCCAUCCACAAGGAUAUACGUCGGCACAAUGGACUACAAAUUUCACAGCAAUGGGAGCAUGAUCUUCCUCGACCUCUCCUACAACCGCCUCACCGGUACAAUCCCGGCAGGCCUUGGGAACAUGAUGUUUCUGGAAGUCAUGAACCUGGGGCACAAUGACCUCAACGGUACAAUACCAUAUGAAUUCUCAGGGCUCAAGUUAGUUGGCGCGAUGGACCUCUCAAACAAUCAUCUCACUGGUGGCAUCCCCCCGGGCCUUGGUACUCUGAGUUUCCUUGCUGAUUUGGACGUAUCCAGCAACAACCUGUCUGGUCCAAUUCCUACGGGUGGCCAGCUCACUACGUUUCCGCAAUCCCGGUAUGCCAACAAUGCUGGCCUCUGUGGCAUCCCUCUACCUCCCUGUGGUCAUGAUCCAGGGCAGGGAAGUGUGCCAUCAGCUUCAUCCGAUGGAAGGAGGAAGACCGUUGGGGGAAGAAUUCUUGUUGGAAUCGCGCUCUCCAUGCUCAUACUGCUGUUGCUGCUGGUCACUCUCUGCAAGCUCAGGAAGAACCAGAAGACUGAAGAGAAGAAAACUGGGUACAUCGAAAGCCUUCCAACAUCUGGCACGUCAAGCUGGAAGCUUUCAGGUACGCCUGGGUACGUGCCACCUGAGUACUACCAGAGUUUCCGGUGCACAACCAAGGGUGAUGUAUACAGCUACGGUGUUGUGCUCUUGGAGCUUCUGUCAGGAAAGAAGCCGAUCGAUCCAUCUGAGUUUGGAGACAACAAUCUUGUCGGUUGGGUGAAGCAAAUGGUCAAGGAGAACAGAAGCAGUGAGAUCUUUGAUCCUACUCUGACAAACACAAAGUCAGGGGAAGCUGAGCUCUACCAGUAUCUGAAGAUCGCUCGAGAGUGCUUGGACGACCGGCCUAACCAAAGGCCAACCAUGAUACAGGUGAUGGCAAUGUUCAAAGAGCUGCAGCUUGACUCCGACAGUGACUUCCUCGAUGGAUUCUCGGUCAACUCAUCGACGAUAGAUGAAUCAGCAGAGAAAUCCUCGUAA